CAGAGACAGAGAGAGGGAGAGGAGGAGGAGGUGGUGGUGGUGUGUGUGCGCUCCUCUCCAGCACCGCCCGCCCUCCCGCAGCUGCAGAGGCUUCAUUCAGCUCUCAACGCGUUUAUUAGGUGGAAAGUGGCCGACGUGAAGGUGGCAGUGGGAGGGGUGCAGAGAGAAAAGAGUUCUACAGUAUCUUUGAACCUGGGGGCCAAAAUAAGUAAAAUUCCAAUAACAAACACCAACAAACCAAAAAGAGAAGAAAAGUAAUGAAUCACGUUUGUAGCCUGGACUGUGUUAAACUACCAGCUAGAGACAGGGCAUGAGGGAGCGAGAGGAAAAAGAGAUUUAGUCACCUUAGUCCUACGUUAACAAAUUCCCCGCCGCAGUCGAGACCCAGUGUUACAAGACGGAGAUUCUCCGAAAUUGUACAUAGAGAUAAAACUUUCUGAUGUGGCCCAACAUACCUGGUAGCUGGAGCUGAUGGUGACUAAGAACUGAAUUAACUAGAACCUGAGGUAGUGCUGGGCAAGCCACAGGUGGUUACAUUUUGGUCUUCAAAAGCUUCAGGAAGGCCCCUAGCCUACUGCUUUGUUUACUUUCAAACCACUCAUGGCUAGCAAACGGAAAUCCACAACUCCUUGUAUGGUUCGUGCCAGAGAUGUGGUGGAGCAGGACCCUGAUUUAGAGAUGGAUGGAAAUGCAGAUGAAGGGUCCCCAUAUCAAGACUCUUCAAUGUUGUCUAAUGAAAGCUGGCCGGCCGAUAAUGGAAUAAGUGCUGGUGAUCAGGCUCCAGAGAACGCUGCCUUAGACAAUCAACAGUCCAAGAAACUAGAAGGGGGCUAUGAAUGUAAAUACUGCACCUUUGAAACACAGGACUUGAAUGAGUUUACAGAACAUGUUGACAGUGCGCAUCCAAAUGUUAUCCUAAAUCCAUUUUACGUCUGUGCAGCGUGUACCUAUACAACAAAAAGGUACGAUACCUUCACUGAUCACAAUGGUAAAUAUCAUCCAGGUGAAACCAACUUUAAGUUGAAGUUGAUCAAACGCAACAAUCAGACGAUCCUUGAGCAAACUAUUGAAGAGCCCAUCAGUACAGAUGGGAAUACAGAUAAGGCUGAAGCUCCCCCUGCUGGAAUCUCAAUAAGUAAAACUCCGAUCAUGAAGAUGAUCAAAAACAAAGUAGACAGUAAGAGAAUAAAUGUAUUUCCGCGAGUGAAAGAUGAAUAUGGAACUACGCAUGACUGUAAACUGGAAGUGAAUAGCAGUGGCCUUAUCCACAGUAUGAAUAGGGGAUUGGUUAUUCCAGAGACUGUGAUUAAGGAUGGAGUGCCUCAUGUGAUGCCAUCUAUACAGCCACCACCAAACAUCAGUUUAAUACCCAAAGUCAUGAUCCCCAUGCAUGGCUCGAAAUACAAUGCUGCUAUGGAUGUGAACAAAAACCUAAUAAAUUCCUUCAACAAAUUCCCUUAUCCCACACAAGCUGAACUGUCUUGGCUAACAUCUGUAUCAAAGCAUCCGGAAGAACAAAUUAAAAUGUGGUUCUCAACCCAGCGUCUUAAGCAUGGCAUCAGCUGGACUCCUGAGGAAGUUGAAGAGGCGAGGAAGAUGAUGUUUAAUGGCACCAUUCAAACGCCAACAAUCACUGUUGUACCAGCACAGGUGCCAACUUCUACCAAAAGCACACAGCAAGUUAUUCAGACUGGGAUGUCAUGCCAGCUGGUUGGCCAAACAGGUAUUGUAUUGACACAAGUUCCGAAUGGAUCGGCAGUGUCUUGUUCUCCAAUCACGUUGACUGUAGCUGGCAGUACAAAUCAGUCUCAGAAACGCAAUUUGCAAACUCAACAUGUAACUCCAAAUGCCAAACGCUCAAAUGUUGUCCAGAUUUGCCAACUCACACCACGGGGGAAUUCAGUUCUGCUUUCUUCAGGAGGGACAGAUGUAAGCACCAGUCGUAAAAAGACUAAGGCACAAAUGGCAGAACUGAAGGCUAGUUUUGCUGGAAGCCAGUUCCCCGAGGAUGAUGAGGUGUUCAGGCUCAUGCAGGUCACAAAACUCACGAGAGCAGAAAUAAAGAAGUGGUUCAGUGAUAACAGGUACCGAACACAAAAAGGCCUAGUUAGUCAUACUGUUAAUGAGCCACAUGAAUCUCCUUUAGCAAGUCACUCAAAUCGGCGAUCUGGAUGGAAUGCCUUCUCUGAUUUUGCACCACAGAAAUUCAAAGAGAAAACAACGGAACAACUAAAGAUACUCGAAGAAAGUUUUCAGUAUAGCUCCUUCCCAACAGACGAGGAGAAAGACAGACUAAGGAUAGAGACCAAACUGACCAGAAGGGAGAUAGACUCCUGGUUCUCUGAAAGAAGAAAGCUGAGAGACUCGCUGGAAGGAGCAAUGCUAGAAGCAGACAAACUGCACCUUCUCACUCAGGAUUUGAAACGAGAAAGUAUAGGAGAUGUAAAAUCAGAAGGACAAGAACUAGCUGAUGCUGCCCAAGUGAAGUCUUCCCAUUCAGGUAUGAGUUAUCCAUCCAAAUCUGGAACUCCUCCGCCAAGUAAAACCCAGGAACAGCUACACAUAUUGAAGAGCGCAUUUGUUCGCACACAGUGGCCAACAGUAGAGCAGUAUGACAGUUUAGCAGUACAGAGCGGGCUGCCUAGAAAUGAAAUAGUACGUUGGUUUGGGGACAACAGAUAUGCAAUUAAAAAUGGCAAUUUAAGGUGGCUUGACCAGUACCAAAGAGCAAAUACAAAAGGUCAUAAUGGUCAGAAUAAGUUUAAUGGCAGUGGAGUCAGUGAAAGAAGGGGAAGCAGAAAAGGACAUAAAAUGGCAGGUGGUUUGGGAGGAGUAACUCAGUGUACACAUAGCCAAGCUGGUAAAUCAGUCCUUUUUCAAUAUUACUUUCGACACAGGCAGCUAAGAGAGGAGGAUCUUGAUGAGCUGGUUUCAAAAUCCAACAUGAGCUAUGAACAGGUCAGGGACUGGUUUGCGGAAAAGCAAACGGAAGAUGCCAUGGAUACGUCUGAGAGCAAUAGCAGAGAUGACCAGUUCAGUGAUGAGGAUGUCGAGGGGGAGGAUGAAGAGUGGGGUGAAGUGGAGAACGUCAGUGAGAGAGAUGAAUAUAGUGUCUCUGAAUUCACAGAAAACUGGGCAUACACAUCACAAGAAGGCUCCACUGAGUUUAAUGAACUGGAUUCUGAAAGCAUGUCUGCUGAAAAUUCCAACAUUUAGCCAAGGAAACCAAACAAGACAAAUACACAUUAAAAAGCGUCUGUCUGAAGAAAAC